CCGGAUGGCAGCAUUUGAAACGAGGGGAAAAGAAGGGAGCGAAGGGGUAGGGGGGGAGAAGGGAGAGGGAAGGAAGAAUACCGAAGCUACCUACCUAAUUAGCCCUCGUCAACUUCAACGUGCGGCUUCCAAGUGCCCCUUUACAAGGCCUCCUGAGUAUUAGUGGCCCAUCUGCGAACCACUCUGAAACGGAGGCUGCUUUCUAGCGUCUCAACUACUCAUAUACAUUGCACGUCGGUUUCAUUCCGAUCACGGUCAUCGACCAUUAUGGAUCUCACCAGCGAGGUCUUCUCCUCGAUGCUCAGCCCCGUAGCCGCAUUUCUCCGGCCUCGCAGGGGCAAGAGGUCUGAACCGAUCAUAACAACACAACCAACAACAACCAACACUACCGCUACUGCUACUACAACUUGCCCAACCACGCCGAGCAUCACACCGACACCAUGGCAGACGUCCCCUCUCAACCCGCAAUCACGCCUCGACAGCCUCGCCCCGCUCGUGGUUCCCCCUCCCGACCCAAUGCCGCCACCGACCCCCUGCACCGCCGUUAACGCCAACAGCGCCAGCAGCGCUGCCAACAAGAAGAAUGCCAACAACAGCCACCAGACCCGACAGGAGGAACGAGAAGUGCAGCAUCACCAACCACGACGCGCCACGCCCCCUCCUCCCGGCAGGGGCACAUGCAGCACACAUCAUCACCCUCCUCGCACCCGCACCCGCACCCGGGAGUGGGGGUCACGGUCCUCCUCCUCCUCCUCCUCCUCCUCCUCCUCGUGCACCACCUGGCAGGUCGACGCCGUGGACGGACGAGGACGCCUGUGGGCCGCCACGCCGCGCUUCGCCCUCGGCAGGCCCCCCCUGCGCGUCGCCGUCUGCCUGCCCCCGCCCGAGGCGUUCCCGCCCGCGCUGCGCGCCGUCGUCCGCCCGGAGCGCGCCAUGGUCGUCUGCGGCGGCGGCGGCGUCGCGGCGGACCUCGAGGUUGGCCGCUGGCUGGCGAGGGUGCUGCACUCUUGGUCUUGCGCUCGCGGCGGCGGCGGUCUCGGGGUCGGGUUAUUAGCGGUCGGAGCAGGGGUCGGUGAGGAGGGGCUGGGGUGUGGGUUGGGGGAGGAGGGGGAGGGGAAGCGGACAAAGCAGGGGGUGGUGGUGGGUGAGGGUGACGAGAAGCAGGAGGAGCGUUGGUGGUGGGAGCUGCCGUUUGGGAGCAUGGUGGCUGUGGAUUUUGCCGCUAGCGAGGAGGAGGAGAAGAAGGAGGGGGAAGAAGAGGCAGAAGAGGGGAGUGAGGGGAGCAGGCGCCAAUCGCCGGCAGCAGCGGCAGCGGGGAGGGUGCAGGUUUGUCUUUUGCCCGGGGCGGGGUACGUGGCCGAGCAGGGGAUGGUUGGUCUAGAGACGCUCAGGAGGAUGUGGGAGGGGGAGGUGGCGUCGGAAGCGUGGGAGGGGCUGCGUGUGGUCGAAUGGGAGAGGCUUCGGUUCAGGAAGCAGUUGCACGACGCGAUAUCUCUGGUUGGCGUGGAUGACGGAGAUGGCGGAGAUAACGGGGAGGAGGCGGUCGUGGUGCUCAAGAGCGUGCUCCGGGAACAGAGGUACAUGUACAAUGAGCUCAAGAUGCUGCUCCUGCUCCGGGAGCAUCCAAAUGUCAUGUCCCGGCCCCUCGGCGUGGUCACUAAGAAGGGCCGGUUUGGGAGCCGAAGGGGAGUGUGCGGGUUCUUGUUAGAAUGGUUUCCGCUGGGGUCGCUCCGGGAGAGGUUGCUCGCGGACGAUUACGGGAGGACAACGCCGAUGACGCAGAGGCUGAGGUGGGCGAAGCAGGUCACGCAGGCGCUGGUCCACAUCAACGAGCACGGAUGGGCCGGCUUCUACCCGGAUCUCAAGCCCGACAACGUGGUGUUGAAGGAGGACGCAGCAACGGGGAUGCUGAACGCGGUGCUAAUUGACAUGGAACAGCGCGGGGGAUGGUUCGCUUGGAGCCCGCCCGAGGUGGCUUACGUGGAAUAUCUGGAGAUCCUGGUGGAUGAGUCCGGGCUGGAGGAGGGCGAGCAGAGAGAUGAGAUCCUCGAGCUACUGCGGGCAUACUACGGCGAUCCCGACUGGAAGCCGGGGGCGGCCAGCCCGCGGUUCCACAACGCGAAGGGCGGCUUCAGCUCACCGUGGCUGGCUCUGCUAAGGCAAAGGGGAUCCGACGGGAAAGGAAGUGAUCUUCUGGAGCGGGCCCAGGUCUUUAUGCUCGGCAAGCUCCUGUGGUGUAUUUUCGAAGGGCAGCCGCUGGUCAGGUGUGGCAUCGACCACGAGGUGCUGCGGGAUCCGGAUCCGGACUACGAGUCGGCGAGGUCGGGGAAGGCUAGAGCGUUCCCCGAGUUCAAGCGGACCCCAGAUGUGCUCCGCCCCCUGAUCCGGGCCUGCACUGCCGGGGCGCCUGAGUGGGUGGCUAAUAACCAGCAAAGGCUACCGGGUGUGGUCCUGCGGGGUGGGAAGUUGUAUCCUGCAGCCUCCGAUGAGCAGUCAUACGCUCAGGGGGACGCUCUCGACGCAGCGAGGGCGUAUUGGGCGCGGGAAGUUGAGCUAGCAAAGGAGUUCGUGAGAGAUGCGGCUCUGACCAUGAACAGGCCAACAGAAGCUGGCCACCAAGAAAUACCUCAACGUCCGGUCACCUUGCUGGAACAAGCAAGGACACGCCCAUUUUUUUCAGAGAUCCUCGCCGAGCUGGAUCAAAUCGAGCGCCAACUCGUGACGGAAAUUCGGCCCUGAGUUGAGACCUGGGACUUCGCCCGUGACAACGGUGGGCAGCGCGCCGUCGG